CAAGUCAGUACUUACGGACAAUACCAUGGCAUUAAAUAAACAUUACUGUUCGAACUCAUCUAACAAUCUAUUUACGUGCUCAGGUAUGGCAUAUAGGUAUGACUGAUUUCCUGAACCGUUAUGAAAUAAAAAAAAUCACAUUUCACAUUUAAUUUGACUUGUGUACAGGAUACCACUGCUCUUGCGUCAGGCUUAAGUUUAUCUGAAAAAAAUAUCCCACAGUUGGACUAUUUAUAACCCCUUAUGAUACAGUUGAUAUAAAUAAAGCCCGCUUUGUUAAGGUAUCGCUAUAGUGAAGGUGGCGCUUAUAAUAACCAAAACUUGUUAAAAAUCACAAAAUGUUAUCUGUCGGAAAUCGGGUAUAACUUUAAAAUUGGAUUAAUAUUGUUUUUACAGUUAAGAAAGACAUUUUGUUAGUCUCAGUAUUGGGUGCAACGUCUUCUACCAUGAAUGUCCUCGUCAUUAGCAGCAUCAUACUCAUGCUACCUACGUCAUCAAGCACUGAAAUUGAACUACAAAGAAAAGUUAAAACAUGUACUGUUCCAACAAUACUACCUAACGGGUUCAUUAACCCAUUUCCAAACACGGAUGGUCUAUACACCAUAAAUACAACGAUAACAUUUACCUGCAAACAGAAUUUUACUUUAAUUGGUGUAAGAACGAUGAAGUGUAUUGGAAAUAACAGAUGGGCGGAGACUGGAACCCCUGUUUGCCUAGCUGACUCUUACAUGUACGAAUUUGCGUUAAAGAAGAUUCAUGAAGAAACAGCAAACAGUUGCUCUUUACCGACAAAAUUAGCGAACGGCUAUAUCAAACCAAAGCCCAACAAAGAUGGCCGAUUUCACAUUGGGACUAGAGUAACGUUUUCAUGUAAGGAGGGUUACACUUUAAAAGGUGCUCAUACCAUGGUGUGUAAAGGAAAUGAUACAUGGACGGAAGAUGAGAAUAUAUUCUGUCUCAAAGAUGGAUAUAUCGAUACCAAAACUGAGCUGGAGCUACAAAAUAAAAAAGGGUGGUAUAACGUUGGUGUUGGGCUUGUAGCAAUAUGCGCAACUCUCUUUAUUGUCGUCGUGCUUAGUUUUGUAAUUUUGUGGCAACAUCAUCAACGAAUCGGACUAGUUAAACAAAAGAAAGAGACCUCACGAAAAAAUAGUGUUUCAUCAGCUGAAAGUGGAACAGAUGUUAAUGAAAAUGACGAGGAUGAGACUAGCCCGAUGAUGAAUAAUGGUCAUGUUACUGUUAUUGACGAGAAAGACAGAGAUUCAAAUUCUUCCAUUAACGGUAAAGAAGCUAGCAAUCCGGAUAGACCUGUAGAUGUUAUUCCAUCACCACCACCACCCACAGAUUGUAACCCUGAAAGUAAUCCGAGCGGUGUAACGAACCAUAAUACAAAUUGUACAUACAAUAUAAUAUGUGGGAAUAUCACAAAUCAAACUGAUAAAGUUGAAAACAAUGACGACAAAAACGAUUACAAACCAGAUAGAAAACCAGAAGAAGAACAUGUAACGGAGAAAACACCAACUGAGGAGUCUCAGACAACUGUUGUCGCGCUCCAAGAAACCGAGGAUGGAACAUGCAAAACCAGUAAUUGAACAUAACGAUUCUGACAUAGCACUUGACAGUGUGCCAAAAUGUCUAAAAAAACAUGUUGAUUACUGUUUAUGACUAUUUAAUUUAUGCUCUAUAGGGUAUUUAAGUUUUGCUCUAUAUGCUAUUUAAUUUUUGCUCUAUAGGAUCCUUAAUUUAUGCUCUAUAGGGUAUUUAUUUUAUGUUCUAUAGGGUAUUUGAUUUAUGCUCUAUAUGGUAUUUAAUUUAUGCUGUAUAGGGUAUUUAAUUCAUGCUCUAUAGCGUAUUUUAUAUAUGUUCUAUAGGGCAGUAUGGUAUCUGAAACAGUUAUAUGGCAAAAUGUGUAUUGUAUUCAAAUGUCAUAUUAAAGGUAUAAAACGUUUAACGUUCACCUUAGCACAUACGCAUUUUUGUAACUUUUCAAUGACAUUUUCAUUUCGAAGAAUUAAGAAAUGCAUUGUUGCAGCCAAAUUUUGGAGUCGUAGGUCAAGAAGUGCUAAAGAUAUUUGUACUAACUGUUAUCCACUGUCCAUGAGCAAAGUGCAUAUCAAGUUUGAGUAUCAUAUGUCAAAACGAGCGGAAAGAUAUUGCUAAUAGUCAGACGGACGAAUAUGCUUUUCUCUUACGCUACAAUGACCUCACGUUAACGUGCGGUGACAUCAAUGUUUUUGUUGCGACUAAGAAAGAGCGCUACUAUAUUUUAUCUACUGUUUUAGAUUAAGGGCAUAUAAGAAUCCAAAUAAAUCAUAGAUAAAACCGUCUUUUAACACUAUUCAUACACUCGGGCGGUAAUACGUCGUACAGCACGAUAUCAACUUAUAUUGAUGUCUUAAAAGAAGACAAGUACGAAAGUUGCUGCAAGAUGCAGCAAAAGGAAACUCCGCGCAAAACUAAGCAGUGUAUGUAGUACUGAUAGAACAGGAGAUGAUAUAACGAUAUUUGUGUCCUCGUUGUAGACAUUAGACAAACAGAUAUUCUGAUGAGGUUUCAUGAAUGUUGGAGAAAAAACAUUGUCUUUGAAGUGUGAACAGGAUUUUUAUUGUUCUAUUUAGUGACCUAAUUUUUGACUGAUCAUGGCCCAUAUGCGAAAAUAGUGCAAGGAUACUUUAAAAUGCAAGUCACCUUGGUUCAAAGGCCAGUUUUUUACUUUAUUGUAACAUUUGUAAAAGGUUUGACUGUAAUUAUGCAUAUCAAACAUUAAAAACAGAAACACUUAACUUAAGGUAUUAGACCCGUAAUAGAGUACCUCCUUUUUGAAGAGUAUUCAAUUCCUACCAUAAACCUACUUUGACAGCAAUUUUCAGGGGUGAGUAGGUUCAAGCCCCACUGGGACCCAAUUUUUUUCCCAUGUUUUCCUUUAUUGAAACUUGAAACUUGAAUUUUCUUAAACGCCUAUUUCAACACACAAAGCAUCUUCAAUGGCGUUGUACACUCAUGCAUUAAAAACAGUAAAAACAAUUCAUCAGUAUUAACACAAAGUCUUGAUUUGCUUCAAUGUAAUUGCUGUAGUAUGAAUUUUAGAACAAUGAAUAGUAGUCUUUGAAGAAGUGAGUUUUCAACUGCUUUUUGAAGAUUUUAACUGAUUCACUUUGUCUGAGAUUUAAUGGCAGUUCGUUCCAAAGUUUUGGUCCAACCGUACUGAAGCUUCUGUCACUGAAUGUUUUUUUCUUGUUAUAAGGGACAACGCAGCAUCCUACUGAUGAUUGUGACGAACGUAGUGUACGUUUUAAAAUUUUACUAGACAAAAGUUCUAUUAGAUAUUGAGGAGAAUUACCAACAAAGCAGUUGUACAUAUAAGUAAGGAUCUUAAAAUUGAUUCUUGCCUUCACAGGUAGCCAGUGCAAGUCAUAUAAUGCCUGUUUUGAACUAUCACGCAUCUUACGGUGAGAACAAGUUUGGCGCACAUAUUCUGAAUACGUUGUAAUUUACCUACUUCACAAUUAGCAACACCAUAACGAAUAACAUUACAGUAAUCCAAGUGAGAAAUUACUAAUGACAAAACCAAUAUUUCAGUGGCUUCUUUGGUUAGGUAUUUCCGGAUACUUUUUAUCUUGAAAUAAUUCAACAUUGCAGUUUUACAUUUCCUUUUUAUAUGCUCCUUGAAAUUAAGUGUGUCAUCUAGAAAAGCGCCUAAGUAUCUAAUACAACUCUGCACUUUGAUUUUAUCACUGCAUAUUUCAAUGUCUGUGGUGGAACACUUAUUCAACUGUUGGCGACUACCAAACAUUAUAAAUUCUGUUUUAGAUGUGUUCAUUUUUAGUUUGUUACUGUUCAUCCAAUCAUUAGUAACAGUUGCACAAUUUUGAAGGUCUUGAAUUGCAGUCUUUUCUGCGAUGAUUGUUAGCUGAAAACGAACGUUCGCAGUAUGGUUAUCUGCAAAUCCUACACGGAAAUAGAUGGGGGUACAAUGUCAAAGAGCGUCCCGGCAUAGGUCAAGUAGAGCCAGGGGCCCAAACAACUUCCUUGCGGAACACUACAUGUUAGAUCACGCUGAGAUGAUGAUGUUUUAUCAAUCCUCACACUACAGCUACGAGGUCGUAGGUACGAAUCCACCCAUUCCAGUGCUGAACCACAAACACCAUAUUGAUUUUUCAGUACGUCGACUAGGAUGUCAUGAUCAACGGUAUCAAAUGCCGCACUAAGUUCUAUAGCUAUUAAAGCUGUUACCUCCUGAUGUUCCAUCCCAUCGAGCAAAUCGUUCACAAGUCGGAGCAAAGCAGACUCACACGAGUGAAACUGUCUAUAAGCAGACUGGUUCUUUGGGAGGAGGUUAUGCUUAUUGAUAUGAUGAUUUAGUCUAUAAAGAGCUGCUUUUUCAAUUAAUUUUGAUAAGAAUGACAAGUUGCUGACAGGGCGAUAAUUGGCAAAUUUCAGUUCAAGGCCAGACUUUUUCAAAAGUGGUCUGACAGUCGCCUGUUUCCAUUUUAUCGGAAACACUCCUUGUGUCAAGGAAAGAUUCACAAGCCUAGUGAUUGAAGGCAACAGCUCAUUAUGGAAUGACUUUAAAACAUUCGUAGGGAGAAUGUCAAGUUCUGAUGAUUUUGUUUGUAAUUGAUUGAUAAGUUUUCUAACUUCCUCACUUGUGAGUUCUUCAAAGUUUUCAAAAGUUGGCACAUUUUUCACAACCGGACUGAAGUUUUCAAAAUCUUUCAAAGACUCUCGUAUUUUCUCUAUUUUAUCCAUAAAAUAAUCAGCAAACUUAUCAGCUAAGUUACUACCGUCCUCCACAGUUGGCAUGGGGUUCUCAGACUUGCUUCCAGUUAAGUCUUUUACAAAGCGGUAGAGUUUCUUUGAGUCUCCCUUGGACUCGAGUACUUUCUGGCUGAUAGUUAACUCCUUUUCUCGUUUUAGAGCAUAGUGAUAGUUGUUUAGGUCUGCUUUGAAAGUUUCAUAGUCUUUGGGUUGGCGGUAUUUUCUCCACAAUUUCUCAGAUCUACGGACCAGUCGUUUCAUGGAAUGAAUAUCCUCAGUGAACCAGGGUUUUGGAGCUCUAUAAAUUUGUAUUUUUUCUUUUUUCGGAGCAUGUUUAUCAAGAAGUAUAUUAAUUUCAUCUUCAAAUUGCUCUACGUACUGAUCGACGGAUUCGCUACAAAUGGACAUAUCUGCGAGAUCCUUAGCAAACUCAGAUUCAUCCAUGUCUUUAAAGUUCCGAAAAACAACAGAUUUGUUGACAAUAUUUUCCUUUCUCACCUUAGUUACGAUUUUGACAGCACAAUGGUCGGACAAGAAAGGACCCGGUUCACAUGAAAGUAUGUCAAUGCCAUUGACAACUUCGGUGAUAACUAGGUCAAGACUGUGACUGUUAUUUCUAGUAAGUUUUUACUUCUUUAAGACUUAUUAUGGAUGUUUUGUACAAAAGUGGAAGAUUUUCAUUUUAUAAGCGAUUUCUUGCUGUUCAAAGUAUAUUUACCUCUGAAUCAGGAGGGGUAGAGUUAGACAUCUUUAAAAAUACUGAGUUACAUACGGUAAAAGUUCUCUAUUUUGCCUUCAUUCUUUAGAUUACAUAUUGUGGAAGAAAGGCAGGUAGGUUUUACUUAUGCCCCAAGGUUAUUUUUUAAUGAAGUGAGCAAAAUUCAAAACAAACCCACAGGAUUCGACUUUAAUUUUUCAAUGUUGGAGUUAGAAUUCUGUCUCAUUAAAUCUGUUUACUUGAGGCACCCUAUAAAAAAUGAUAUUUACAGUUUUAUUUUGUGUUUUAUAAUUGUUUAACAACAGUUUGAUGUUUCUUUCAUCAAAAUUAAUGCUGUAAUGAAUUCUCUGCAAACAUUUUAGAUAGUGGCCGUCACAUUGAAAUUUGUCUCUAUUUGAGCUUGAGGAAAUUCCAUAAAUUAUACAAAAUUUACAAAAAACGGCACGGUAAAAGUUGUUUAAAAUUUGCAACAGGGUGCAAAACAUGGUCAACUUUAAGAAUAUACCAAGCAAAUGCCAUUUUUAAAACAUUACUAUUAGGGGUCCAAUACCUUAAAAAAUAAUCAAAGUAUAAAACUAAAAGACACUGUGUACGGAUUAUUGUGUUCCAGACGUACGUACUGUUGCAAUAAGUUUGGUGUUGAUUACCGAAGGAGGAAUGUAGUAUGUUUAAUCAAAAUAAUAUCCCUAUGGUUAAUAUGUGCAUUUUCACUCGGAUUUCAAUUAAAUACUGAUGAUGUUAGUAAUAACUAUAUGAGGUUAAAUAUUCUAGUUGUUAAAAUUGACGGUAUAUAUGACAGUACUAUGGUCAUAACACACAGUACUAACUUUCUAUUGUUGUUACUACUGUUUGCAGAUCAAAUUUCCAUAAUCUAUAGAACGGCGAUGCUAAAGUUAUUUUUCUCUUCUAUAUACAGGUAACUGCGCCCUUUCAGUUAACUUUUUUCCGAUACGAGGUAAGAUUAAUUUACGCACACACUGAAUGAACUAUUUUACAAGAUAAAAAGGUUGAUUUACGGUUGUUUAUCCGAAAAGUAAAAGAUAUAAUAAUCGGCAUAUUAAUCUUAAAAGAAUGCACUCUACAUCAGGGACAUAAAUCAUGUCACUGACUACAUUUAGGGAGAUGUGGAAAAAAAAACGGAACCCUCUGAUACAUUAUAGGCAUUGCCCUGCCUAAAUUUCAGAUAAUGUAUCUCGUGUAAUUUCUUCCGGAAUAUGUGAGUCUAGAAAUGGAUCUUCCCAAGAACGAAGACAAGGCUUAUCAACUGCCUGUCUGUAAAUAACUGAGAUAAUGUUUAAGUGACGGGCAUUUAACCCUUUAAAUAAAUAGUAGAUAAAUCCACGCAUACAUGUAACAGAUCAGCUGUUUUAUAUAUAUAUAGAGCUAAACUUGCGACCCUUUCCAUUGUAUGGAUAGUGUUGUCAACAAUAAUAUUUUUAUUCAUAAGUAAUAGACUUUUACAUUUGGUACUUAUACCGGUUUUAUCAAUACAAAAACACAGGUCUCUUUUAUCUUAUUUUUUUCCUGUAAAUUUUCACUUUCAUAUUUUAAUCAUUAUAUUUAACAAAGAUUCAAUACUUACUUAAAUAGAUACAGUUUUUCAAAUAAAAAAAAUGCAUAUACAUCAUUGAUUUAUAACCUCUCUUUAUUAAAUUUUUGAAUUUCCAAAUAAGAGUUUUCUCGUGGAAAUCUAUAACUUUCUAUAAGUAGCGCGUUUUCAUUUUUAAGUUAAAAGAAUACCCCAAUUUUGGCGGGUGUACGUCGAUUGUAUUGUUCUCAUUAACGUCACUUCCGUGAUUCCAUAUGAAGUUACUUAAAAGAAACAUUUAUAGCAGCCCGCUGAUACAUUCACUAUCAUGAGAAAAAUCUCAUCCAUUUAAUAAAUGAGAUACGUUUUUUCUAUUGGCCCGAAAACAGCAUAUAUGUGCCCUAGACAUUUCUGUUUACUUUCGGUUACACUCCAUAUUUAGAACUAGACAUAACGUUGUGUGCUCUUAUCCGAGUCUAUACUCUAAAGAGGUUUUGAUAGUUCAAGUAUAAAAUAAUUAAGCAAACCCAUUGGCCAUUAUAGUCAGACACUAUAUUGUUAGUUCCAGUGUUUUUGGCAGAGUCUUAGGUUUUAAAGAUUCUUCAGUAUAUUUGUACAUGUACUAGAGUAUGAUUAUCAAUGUCGUGCAUUUGGGAAGAAAUAUCGAUGAAUUCACAUUUCCUUGCCAAAUUACGACUGAGAAAGCGUUUAUUUAUUUUGUGAAUCAAAGCAACAGCUGUGAGAGUAUUGUUUUAGGUAUUUCAUUGUACAUGGUUAUUCAAUUACAUUUUGACAGAAUUGAAACAAUCGGGUUAUUUAAACGUUGUUAAAAAUAAUGUACGUAUAUAUUACAAGUUUGUUAUUUUGCAAAAAGAUUCUAAAGAAUGUUUGAAACGAUUAAGACAAGUUCACUAAACUACGUCAGCAGGUUUAUGUACGCUGCACCAAAUAGAAAAAAAACACCAGACUUCAGUCACGUGGUAAUGACUUCAAAUCUGCGGCAAAGCAUGUUUUCCAUGGUGAUUACUCAAGACAUUACGUCUAAAGUCAUUUUUGUGCAUCACUUACGGUUUCUUGGAAGUUGCUAGCGAACUUUAAACAGGUAAAUAAUGUUUCCUUAAAUUACAAGUAAGGUUUUACUGUUCGAUAUAUACAACUGAAAUAACCAACAAAAAAUAAAGAAAGUAAGCUGCAUGUCAAUUGAAUGUAACUGUGGUCUGGUAUUCAUCUGUAAAGUAGUUUUACUGUCGAUAUCCAUCUGUUUGAAAUAUCUGCAUCUUGCGCAGCUGAAGAAAGAAGAUAUGUCGUCCCGUGAGUGAUGACAUAAGUUUCAACUAUUGACAAAUUGACCUUGCCAUGAUCAUUUGUGCUUCUUCAUCUUCACUUCUAGCCAUCAUUUUAAAGCAUUAACGAAAUUAAAAUUAGGUUUAUUGACAAAACUAAUAUAUCUGAUAUGUAAUUUUAUUUGAGUAGAAAAAUCGGUGAAUACAGAAAACAAUGUAGUUAUUGUCAGUUUAUAUUGCAUAUUAUAUUGCAUAUUACAGUUAAAUUAUUUUCUUUAUUUUUGAUGAUUCUUUGUCACGUAGACAACUUUUCAGUUGACGUCUUUUCUGUUAAUCUUCAAACACCACCGCUUGAACCUUCGGUUGAUUUUUUAUGGUUUCCGUUUUAAGUUUGAUUACAACUGAAAUUGAACAGGGAAAAACUUGAAAACACAUUUAAAACGCGUUCAAAUUGUUAAUUACGAACACUGUUAAUAGUAAUACAUAACCAACCGCAACUCUGGUAGAAAUACUACAAACCAUGUAGUGGAGUUUCGGUGAGAAUUUGGACGUGAAAUUCAAGUGUGAUUUUGGAGUCAAAAUCCUUUUUUUUAUAUCAGAUACAUCAAAGGUCAUAAAGAAGGCAAAGGGUGGGAUGGGGAUGUUGUUGGAGGUGCUGCUGUUGCUGUUAAUGAUGAUGAUAGCUAGUUAUUACUGCAUUUACUGAUGAUGCUGUUAAGUAAAAGUAUCAUGAUAUUGUCUCUGUAAAUGUUUUUAAAUGCUGAUGACGAAAAUGGUGCUGAUGAUGUUGAUAGCACUGAUGAUGAUGUUGUUAUUUUGUUAAAUUAAAAAAGGUAGGGAAAAUGGUGACAUGUACUUAUGCUGCUUCUUUAUGAAGAUGUUUUAGCUGUUGUUUGUUCUGCUGUUGUUUGUUAUGAUGCUGAAAAUGUUGACAGUACUGACAGGAUCUUUUCAUGAUUAUGUUGUAAGCAAUGAAGAUCUUUUAUUAUAAUGUGUCAGAGAAGUAAGAAUGGCAUGUACAUGAUAAUGACGAUAACUCAUACUGUUGUUUUUGAUGAAAAUGAAUGGUGUUACGUUUUAUGUAUUGUUGCGUUUUAUUUUUCAAGAAUUUUAUUGAUCAGAAGAAAUAGUAUUAAGAUUGGAGGUAAAGUACCCCCUCAGCAGGAUGCAGUGGAAUAAUAACAUGACUUGCACUGAUAUGCCUAGAGUGAUUGAUGUAUGAUGUAAACACAAUUGAUAUUUUGAUUAGUCUACUACAAUUAAGAAAUGUUGUUCGAUAUGGCAAGUUAAGUUUUAACAUGGUUGAGAAAUUCAAAUCUGAAAUUAAAACGAUUUGAAAAUUUUAAAAAAUGUACCUAUUGUGAGGUUUCGAGUUCAAAAUUGUUAAAAAGAUAAUGAAGAUUUUCCUGAUGCAAAUGUAUGUAUUUAUAGUGAUCUUAAAAUUAAUAUAUAGUUAUAAUAUCAAAGUAAAGUCUCACCUUAAAACAAAUACAUUAAUUACAUUUUCAUCAUUAGAGACAUCACCGUAUUGUUUUAAGAUACACUUGCCGUAAAACUGUUGGUCAGUACGCUUUCCUGUUUGAUUGUGUGUAGGCAGGAAAGGUGGGAAUUACAUUUGCAACGUCAUCGAGUUGUAUUGUUUAAGGGUGCUUUCGGUUUGGAUUUGAUUAUGUUUACAUGAGCAUAUUUAUGUUUUACAAUGUGCUAAUCCAUCUUGAACGUGUAUAAAUAUUUUUCGAGAUACCGCUACUGCUGUUAAUGAUUAUGAUUAUAAUGAAUGGUGUUAUAAUGGUGAUAGAUCCUGCUGCGUUAUUUUAUAAAGAUGUUCGGAUGCUGCUUUUGACAAUGUAGCUAUUUAUAAUGCUUAUUGAAUAAUCCAGUUUUAAUCUGGAAUCGUGUGUCCGUAGUUCUUAUAUUCCACUUUAUUUCAUUUCAAUAAUGUAGAUUUAUUUGCAUUUUAGAGAAGGCUAAUAUUUACCUAGGAUGCAAACAGUACAGAUAAAACAUAUACAUAUUACCUUCCCUAUUAAUACAUUAUUGAUUCUGUCCAUUUAACAUAUGAAUUGUUAAAAAGCGACUCAAUUAUUCACUGAGAGAUUCUAAUAUACAAACGAUUGAAACCUUAUGCGGAUGUGUAGUCAAAUACCUGAAAUCAUUAACCUAUUAGAACGAAAACAAAGUUAAACAAUCAUCAAAUACAACGUAAUGUCGGUCAACAUAAAUAAGUAUCUGCUUCUUUUGAUGUGUUAGUAUCGCAAUAAAUUGCAAAAUAACGCUUGAUGCCUUUUAGUAAUGCAAAAUUAAUAUGGACCUUUCAUUGUCAUUAUUUUGAGAUAAUAUAUAGAGUUUAAUUCACUUUAUUUACCACAGCGAUCAGAUUAUAACCCUACCUAGGUAGUCAUAUGACACAAAGUAAACACGAUAAUUAUCAGUGUAGCUUAUCUAUGACUAAUAACACGAACAUUCCCGAACAAUCCCAAUGCAGUGAUCGAAUAAGCUAUAAAUAGAGUAUAUGGAGUAUAUAUAAAGCAAGGGAGAUACCUGUUGUACUGUCAGUUAUUGCAAAAUUGUUAUUAUAUACUCCCUUCAAAUUUUGGAUAUUUUUAAAAUGAAUUUUGAUUGUGCUAUGCAUAACGAGUGGACAAGAUAUAUGUCGUUUAAAGAUUUUCCGCAGUCUUCUUCAGUAUCUCCUCUACGAUUAGCUAAAGCUGGAUUUUACUACACGGGCACACGGGAAGACGCUACUUGUUUCUGUUGCGGGCUGACAAUCGGCACAUGGACUACAGAUGAAACA